AUGGAAAGAUCCCCCUCCAAUUACACACACCUCAUUGCCGGGUUCACGGGCGGCCUCACGUCGGCCGUGUGCUUGCAGCCGCUGGACCUGCUGAAAACGCGGAUCCAGCAGGACAAAACGUCCUUCAGAAACGUCGUUGCCCAGAUCCGCUCGCCGCUCGAGCUCUGGCGCGGCACGCUGCCCAGCGCGCUGCGAACGUCCAUCGGCUCCGCCCUCUACCUCACCUCCCUGAACGCCGUGCGCACCAGCCUCGUCAAACUGCAGCCCCAGACAGACACCCUGCCCUCGUCGUCGAAAUUGCCCAAACUCUCGUCGUCGCUCGACCUGGCCGCCGGCGCAGUCACCCGCGGCCUUGUCGGCCUGCUCACAAUGCCCAUCACCAUCCUAAAAGUACGCUUCGAGUCCAGUCUGUACCAGUACGCUUCUCUGUCCGACGCCACGAAACAGAUCCUGAAAAACGAGGGCCUGGCGGGCUUUUUCCGUGGCUACGGUGCCACGUGCCUGCGUGACUGCCCCUACGCCGGGCUGUACGUGUUAUUCUACCAAAAAUGCAAGGGCUGGGCACCGCUGCUCAUCUCCGACACAGAUGCCUCUCCGACACACCUCUACACCACCUCGAGGUCGACGGCCAUCAACUCGUGUUCUGCUCUCGUGGCGGCGUGCAUGGCCACCGCGCUCACGUCGCCGUUCGACACGAUCAAGACCAACAUGCAGCUCAGCCCGCACACGUGCCCGACGUUCUGGCAGACCUGCCGCGUUCUGGUAGCCAGCCACUGGACGCGUCUGUUUGACGGUAUCUCGCUCCGGAUCGGCAGGAAAGCCUUCAGCGCGGCGAUUGCGUGGGCCAUCUACGAGGAGAUCAUCAAGUUCGAGCCCAUCCGCUAA